AUGUCAGUCGAAGCAAAAACAUUCACUAACAAAUCUAAUGGCGAAACAUUCACAAAAGGCACUUAUAACGGUAUUGAAGUCUUACGUAGAGACAAGGAUGGUUACAUUAAUGCAACAAAGAUGGCAAGAGAAGCAGGAAAGUUAAACCAUUUAAACAGAUUUCUCAAUAGUGCUAAAAUACAGGAAAUUCUUGAGUUUUGGAUGAACGAAUACGGUGGAGCCAAAAGUGGCUCGACCUCAAAACAAGCAUUUUAUGAGCUUACUAAGGGUGUUAUAAAUGAAUUCAAAGGUAUUUACAUACAUCCUGACCUCGUUCAUUUUGUUGCUGAAUGGUGCUCUGUAAAGUAUGCAUUUUAUGUCAAAGAUAUUAUGGACUCCAUAGACAAGAAAGUUCAUGAGAAAUUAGAUGAAGAAGAACUUGAAGAUACAGUAGAGAAUGCUAAACCUUUGUUUGAAGAAGAAGUUGGAAAAAUGUGCGAAA